GGUUAUGGGGCUGCCCCGGGGUUAUGGGGCGGCCCCGGGGGUACCGGAUAACCCUGAGGGUACGGGGUAGCCCGAGCCGGCCCCGCCGGUUCUCCCGGCCGGUCACCUCACACCCCUGUGCCCCGGCCCUGGGGGACAAACGUGUGUCGCGCAGCCGGUGCUGCGGGACUCUGGCCGGGGCCAGUCUGAGUGAGCAGUGGCGGCUCCAUGGCUCCUGUUCCGCGGUGGCGGCUCGUGGCCGGGGGCUUCCGGAGGGAUUGGUCCCCCCUCGACACCCCGCCGCGGGGCUGCCACCUCUCAUUGCGGACCCGGUACCGGCGCCGGUUGGCGGCGGCGGCGGCCUGGAGUGAGAGCCGCGGCGUGGAGCUCGUCUCCUUCACCGCAGGGAAGCGGCUCUGCAGGAAGAGAAGCGACGCGGGGCGCGUCCCCAGGAAACAUCUGGUUCACAAAGGGUUACGCAAAGCACCCUGGAGUGACUCCACUGCCACCAGCCCCGGAGCUUGGCUCCUUCCUGCUCAGACCCAAGGCUUGCUCCGAGUGGGAUUGAGGAGGAGCCGGCGCUGGUUCCUGGCCCCUGGGCAGGGCUGGCUGUGCUGCCCGGCUGCACUCCUCUGCUUGCGCUGGUGCGUGGCCACCAUGGAGGAGAUGGUGAUCUGGGAGCAGCACACGGUGACGCUGAGCAAGGACCCUCAACGGGGCUUUGGCUUUGCUGUCUCUGGAGGUCGGGACCGUCCCGACAGGGUGACUGGGGACACAGCGGUGGUUGUUUCAGAUGUGGUGCCCAAGGGACCAGCGGUGGGAAGGCUUCAGAGGAAGGAUCACAUCGUGAUGGUGAACGGCCUGUCCAUGGAGAACGUCUUGUCCUCCUUUGCUGUCCAGACACUUAAAACCUGUGGCAAGAUUGCCAACAUUACACUGAAAAGACCAAAGAAAAUCCACCUGCCUGUGAGAAAGAGCAGCCCUGGCUCCUCCAGGGUGCCCCGGCGCUGCGACUCGGACGAGGAUUGUGGGUUACCCAGCGCAGGUCCAGCCCUGCACUGCUCCCAGGAUGACCUGGACCACAGCCAGGGCUACGAUGGGGACUCAUCCAGCGAGAGGAGCUCUGGCCACCACCAGGAUGAGCAUCGCCACCACAAGCCGGUGUCCCGGCGGCGAAGCAGCGGCUCGGAUCGGAGGGGCUACAGCCAGCGCCACUUUGCCAACGGGUUUGGCCAUGAAGAGACCACCAAGGGACUGGCCCUGGUGUCAGGCUUCAAGCGGCUGCCACGCCAGGACGUGCCCAUGAAACCCAUCACGUCACUCCUGGUGAAGCAGAAGCAGGAUGAAGAGUAUGGCCUGAAGCUGGGAAGUCAGCUCUUCAUUAAGCACAUAGUGGAGAACGGGCUGGCGGCAAAGGGCAGCUCCUUGCAGGAGGGAGACCUCAUCCUGAAGAUCAACGGAGUGGCCAGUGGGGACAUGUCCCUGGCUGACACCCAGCAGCUCAUCGAGCAGAUGGAGGGGACCCUGACCCUGCUCAUUCUCCGGGACCACCGGCAGUUCCUGGUCAACAUCCCUGACAUAGAAGAUAGUGAGAGUGACAGCUCCCAUAUGGAUGAUAUCUCUGACAUUAACUCUGAACUGUCCCAUCUUCCGCUCCCUGAGACCUCCCCACAGCCUCCAGCUGCUGCCACUAUGAAUUCAUCCCCGGAGAGGAGACAAUCGGACAGGGACCCUGCAGCCGACACAACUGCUGGCAAUGCUCCGGGCCCUGACCUGCUGGGAGCUGUGGAGGGGGAUGCUAGCCAGAGCCCCCACACCAGCCCCUCUUCCUGUGCUGCCUGCAAGGAUGGGAACACUGCUGACUGCAGGGCUGUGCACUUCGUGAAGGCCAAGAGCGUUGGGCUGCAGUUGGCCGGGGGGAACGACGUGGGCAUCUUUGUGUCGGGUGUACAGGAUGGCAGCCCUGCUGCCAGCCAGGGCAUCCAGGAAGGGGACCAGAUCCUGCAGGUGAACAGCACCAGUUUCCAGAACCUGACCCGUGAGGAAGCUGUAGAGUAUCUCAUGAGUCUGCCACCGGGUGAGGACGUCACACUAUGGACCCAGAACAAGCAGGACAUUUACAGGAAGGUGAUCUCUUCCAAUGUGGGUGACUCGUUCUACAUCCGGACACACUUUGACUUUGAAAAGGACACUCCAUCAGGGCUCAGCUUCGUUCGUGGGGACGUGUUCCACGUGCUGGACACACUGUACCGGGGCCGGCUGGGGAGCUGGCUGGCAGUGCGCAUGGGCAGGGACCUGCAGGAGCAGGACAAGGGCAUCAUCCCCAACCAGAGGAGGGCUGAGCAGAUUGCCAGUCUGGAGUCCAUGCUGAAAGCCACGUCCAGUGCCAGCCUCUCUGGAGCGCGGGCCGAGUUCUGGAAGCUGCGGGGCCUGCGGGGAGCCAAGAAGCUGCUGCGGAAGAGCCGGGAGGACCUGUCUGCCCUCACGAAGCAGGGCCACUACCCGCCCUAUGAGAGAGUGGUCUUGAAGGAAGCCAGCUUCAAGCGGCCAGUGGUGAUCCUGGGUCCCAUCACAGAUAUUGCCAUGCAGAAGCUGAGCACGGAGCUGCCUGAGCUGUUUGAGAUUGCCCCCAGCCUGCCCCGUGACGGGGCAUCAGCCAAGGUUAUCAAGAUGGACUCAGUGCAGCAGAUUGCAGAAAAGGGCAAGCAUGCUUUGUUGGACAUAACACCCUCAGCUGUGGAGCGUCUCAACUACGUGCAGUACUACCCAGUGGUGGUGUUCUGUGAGCCUGAGAGCCGUCAGGGCAUCAAGGCCAUGCGCCAGUGGCUGGCUCCUGACUCUAGGAAGAGCUCCCGGCGGCUCUAUGCCCAGGCCAGCAAGAUGAAGAAGCACUGCAGCCACCUCUUCACUGCCACUGUCAGCCUCAGCAGCAGCGCCUGGUACGAGGCCAUCAAGGACAUUGUCAGGAUGCAGCAGAAUCAGCCUGUUUGGACAGCAGCAGAACAGCUGGAUGUGGCACUGGAGGACAGUCUGGACCUGCUGAACUCAUCAUCAAGGGCAGCACACUCGGGCUACCUGACCUGUGACAGUCGCGCCAACAGUGACUACGAGGACACGGAUGGGGAGGCUGAUGCCUGCACCGACGGCGAGGCCGAGGAUGCCUACAGCCAGGAGGGGCUGUCACGCUCCUCUGAGCCAGCACGGGCUUCCCCAGGCCAUGGCCUGAGGGAUCAGAUAACAGAGGAGCAGCAGCACUACAGCAACAUCAGGGAAUACGAGCAUGCUGCUGUGAGGAAGAGGUUCACACAGGCCAGAGAUGACUCAGAUGAGGAUGAAGGCUAUGAGUGGGGUCCAGCUACAGACGUGUAGCCCUGCCACUCCCCAUGUAUCAUGCAGGCAGCGCCACACAGUGCCCUGCAGUUCCCAGUACCAAGUGCCUUCUUCCCUGUUUUGGCCUCUACUGCUGGAAUAAAAGGGAUGUUUUAACCAGGA